AUGAAAGGUAUAUUUUCAGCAUUAAAGCAGUUUAAUUCCAAGAAAAUGGCACCAAACGCAAUUACUAAGGCAUCACAAGCUAUAUCCUUUCCAUGUCUUGAUGAAAUUGAUGCAGUUACCAGUAAUAUCAAGCAAAGUUUUAGUAAAAUCCCUGGGUAUUCAACUGCCUUUAAGAUAGGCGAAGUUAUAAAUAUGGAGCCUGGCCUUAAUGAACCCAUUUACGCUAAGUCGAAUUUAAGGUAUUUUCUUUAUAAGUCCACGAAACCCUUGUUGCUGGACUAUGGUGGGGUGUUGCCUUCGUUUGAAAUAGCGUAUGAGACGUGGGGUAAACUAAAUGCCGAUAAAUCGAAUGCAAUAUUGAUUCAUACUGGGUUGAGUGCCUCAUCUCAUGCUCGUUCUUCGGACAUGAACAAUACACCAGGUUGGUGGGAAAAGUUCAUUGGACCAGGGAGUAGUAUUCUCGACACUGAAAAAUAUUUCAUUAUCUGUACGAACGUAUUGGGUAGUUGUUUUGGAUCAAGUGGCCCUCCCUCGAGUGAUCCUUCGGACGGGUUGCCUUAUGGCACACGGUUUCCACUUGUGUCUAUUCAGGACAUGAUUCGCGCACAGAAUAGGCUCGUUAAGGACCAGUUUGGAAUAAAGAAGUUAUAUGCUUCCGUGGGAAGCUCUAUGGGCGGAAUGCAAUCUUUGGCAUACGGGCAACUAUUUCCAGACGAAGUUGAGAAGAUCAUAUCCAUUUCAGCCUGUGCUCGUUCCCACCCCUCGAGCAUUGCCCUACGGCAUGCACAACGGCAGGUCCUUAUGAAUGAUCCUAAUUGGCAACGUGGUUUUUACUAUCCUACACCUGACAAACCAGAUAGUAAUCCUCCAUAUGUCGGUAUGAGAUUGGCUCGUCUUAUUGCAACUAUCUCUUAUAGGUCAGGCCCCGAAUGGGAGUCCAGAUUCGGCACAGAAAGAUUAAAUAAUGAGAACCCACCAACAUUAUGUGCAGACUUUUUGGUUGAAAGUUACCUAGACUAUCAAGGUUCGAAGUUCUGUUUUGAAUAUGAUGCAAACGCUUUCUUAUAUUUAUCAAGAGCAAUGGAUAUGUUCGACUUAUCCUUAACUGGAACCCAGAGGAAUGAAAGGAGGAGGAAAGCCACAUUAGCAGAAAUGCAAACUGGGAAGAUACCGAUACAAGAACUAAAAUAUGAGCCUUUAAAUCCUCAAAAGAAAUCGAAGACGAGUACCACCGAGGAAAAUUUGAGUGAUUUAGCCGCAGGCAUGCUUCCCUUGAGAAAUAAGGACAUCUUAAUAAUUGGUGUUAAAUCGGAUAUUCUUUUCCCUUACAGACAGCAGAGGGAGAUUGUUGACUUGUUAGGCAAUGGACCCAAUAUCAAGUAUGUUGAGUUGAGUGAGGAGCAGUCGUUGUACGGCCAUGACACUUUUCUCUUAGACACUAAAUAUGUUGGCUCCAGCAUAGGUGAGUUUAUAAACAAUUAG